AUGUCGAAACUCGGCAACGUUGUGCUGGUCGGCACCAUCGCCGUGCUGUCGGGCCCACUCGCCCUCGCCGCGAUAUCAACCACCUUUGUCGCCGCGACCCUACUCCUCCUCUUCGCCGGGGCAGUCUUCGUCCACGCUGUACUCAAGUCCCUUUACCAGGUAACCACCUGGCCUUUCUCCACAGGCCCGACGACCUUGACGACGACGCCGACGACAGUGGUGCCCAACUCGCCAAGGAAAGCCUCUUCCAAACCUCUCGCAAAGGGCCAGACCUCCACCGACCCGCAGCGGUCACCCUCGCUGGCCAUCAAGACGGGCCGAUGGACGUCGUCAUCCGUGUCCAAGGCAGGCAGCUGCAGUCCCAAGAGCAGCGGCUCAGCGACCUCCAGCUACAGCAGGAGCUCUUCCAGCAGUAGUAAUGCCGGCAGUGGUGGGAGCAGCAACAGCAGCACGACCAGCGACGGGGCCACCGAGCAGGCACAUAUAAUCAACGGGCUCAGUCAAGCCGUUGGCAACGCCGCCGUGAUGGAAGGCAGCCUCCGCGGCGGGUUCAGCCGGAGGAGGAGACCGGCCGCGAGCCUCAUCGACUUUUACGACGAAGAUUUCGACGACAACGACUUCAUGGACGAGGUCUACUUUCCAGAAGACGACGACAUGGACGAGCCGUGGGCCGGCCUGGGCGCGGAGCUGUCGCGCCAUCGUCACCGUAGCUACGACCACACCUUGCUGCGUCGGCACCGCUCGGCCAGCGUCGCGGGCUUCAUGCCGCCGCCGGUGGCGUCAAACAGCUCGAGGAGGAGGGCGUCCAUCGCCGAGCUGCCGUCGGUUUUGCAGUCGGCGACCAUGUCGUCAAUCAGCUAUAGGAGAUCAUCUACACCUGGGAGGCGAAGGGUACGUUUGUCGGAUUAUGGAUUUUAG